UCUGUAGCUGUGUGAAGAAAUAAUAUGACGUCUAAAUGAAUGUUUAAUCAUACGAUUAGGGUCAUUGUUGUGCACCAAUACAGUGCGUGCAUCCCAUCUAAACUCGUUUCCAUGGUAAUGAGGCGGAAUUUAGGAGGGCACAAUAGAUUGGUGCCCUAGAUUGAGGCCACAGCUCUGCCACUGUCUACAAUAAAAACACAAUGGCUGUUUGUUCCUCGUCCCAACUGUCCAUUGUGGCUUUUUACAGUUAAACUACACAAAAUGUUGCCAUCUUUUCACUGGACGACUAAUAUAUAUAUUUUUUUUUAGAUGUAGCCGUCUGAAUUAAUCCAUGUAGACACUGACCAUAUGGUCGUGGUAAACAAUCUGCCAUAUAAGGUCAGCACACUUGACUGAUCAUCAUCCCAUCAUCACGUAUGAUCAAGAUAGUAGUGAGUGUUACCACUAGAGAAUAAGUACUUGGAGGAGAAACACUUAUCAAUCGAUAGUGGCGUAAUGCAUAUGCUUUUUGGACGCUAUGGCGAAAGAGCGACGCACCCGAGCACGCCCUUUUUGCCCAUAUGCAACACGUCAUCGGCGCAGAAGAGAACCCGAGAAGGUAAAGUUCGCAUUGACAAACAAACUCAUGCUCUAACUAUUUUGUAAAUCUUACUUUCUUAGCUCUAUUGCAAUUUAUUUAUAGGCACUUAUACACCGUACUGUACUUACACAAUUUACAAUUUUAAUUUCAUAUUAAUCUGCAAACAUGUACAACAGAGUUGGGAUAUGACGGUACCUGCAAAUUGUCGUAAAACUGAUUAUAAACAGGGGCGGCGCCAGGAUUUUUUUUCCUCCCGGGGAAAAAGGGGGGACUUGGCUUAUACAUAGGGGUGGCAGAGAAAUAAUUAUUUUUUUUAAAUAAAAAAUGCUGAAGCAGCUUGUCCGAUGGCUUCUGAGAAGACUAUAAAAUACAAGUCACAAUGUAACAGUGCUGUGUUUUCAAUAUGUACAGUCCUCCUUUACAGUCCUUUUCACCACUGUGAUUGGGUGAGCGAUCUCUGCCGAUGAUCAGCGAACCAUCCAAGAUCCUCUCGUAAGCGACGAGCAACUCGCGCCCAAACGUAAAUAUGGUGAUAGAGGAGCAGAUAUCUUUCUAUUUUUUUUUCUCUCACAGAGAAGUGCCCCUCUCCCUAAAAGGAAUACGUGACUACUGCUGAUCCUUUUUUUUUUGUGACUAGCAGCGGUGCAUGGCCGGCCGGCUUUGCAGAGUGGCUUCUCUUUACAGGCAGCUCCUCUCUGCAGCCAUGAGAUGAGAGUGGAUGGGAGGGGAGGGCAGAGAGCAUCAGAGAGACUGGGCGAUUGGGAGGAGGGAUGCGAGCGAGGCGAGGCGAGGCGAGGCGAGGGUGGAAGAAGCACAUAGUGGUGAGGAGAGAGGCAUCAUUUCAUUGAUGCUGAGUCACAUAACGCGCCACCGCAGCGACAUCCCAUGAGAGUUUGAAAACAAUGGAGGAGUUGGAACACACUUGUCCCCAUCCUCGGACGGUAAGAUGUUGUUUUUUUUGGUGUGGCGUGGGAGAUGCUGAACAGUGAGUGGGUAGGAUGAAGCUAUUACCGCAGUGAGGACAAAGAGGUGCACCGACUGUCUGUUGCUCUGUUUUCAUUUUGCACUCCAUCCUUCCAUUCACGUCCUUUCUUUUCGCUUUAAUCCUUCUCAUGGCAGAUAUUCUUGACCUGUGCCGAUUGCUCAUCCUGAUAGGCCGCUGUGCUCACAGACAGUCCUAAGCUUUACCAUCUGUCCUGUGCUGAAUAUUUGUUAGCUACCCCCCCCCCCCCCCUCCUGCUUUACACUUCACCCAAGGAAUUAUGGGUAUUGUGGCUGCAGCGUAAACACUCUUCCUGUUUGAACAAAGAAAUCAAAAUGUUGCAUUUCAAACGUGCACAAACAUCACCGACCGAUAUUCUGCAUCAUUGUUUUGGUGCUACUGCUACACCUAGAACUUCAGCUAAUGUAUGCAUCCGACAUCAUUACUUUAAUGAUUGUUGUUGUUUUCCUCAGAUGCUGACUGAGCCCGCUAUCUUUGUCAGGGAGACCAGCUGCGAUUGCCGCGCCCCUCAUGAAAAGCUCACCAUCGCUCAAGCCCGCAGAGGCACCCCGGCGGACCGUCCGGUGAGAGUCUACGCCGACGGCAUUUUCGACAUGUUUCACUCGGGCCAUGCCCGUGCUCUCAUGCAGGCUAAGAACCUUUUCCCCAACACGUACCUCAUCGUGGGAGUGUGCAGCGAUGAGCUGACCCAUAAGUACAAAGGCUUCACAGUCAUGACCGAGACGGAACGAUACGAAGCGCUCAGACAUUGCCGCUACGUCGAUGAGGUGCUCAGGGAUGCUCCCUGGACGCUCACGCCGAAAUUCUUAGAGCAGCACAAGAUCGAUUUUGUGGCUCAUGAUGAUAUUCCGUACUCCUCGGCAGGGACCGAGGAUGUCUACAAACACAUCAAGGAAGCAGGAAUGUUCGUGCCUACUCAACGCACCGAAGGAAUCUCCACAUCGGAUAUAAUCACCAGGAUCGUCCGGGACUACGACGUCUACGCCCGUCGCAACCUCCAACGUGGCUACACGGCCAAGGAGCUCAACGUCAGCUACAUUAAUGAGAAGAAGUACCGGCUUCAAAACCAAGUGGACCGGAUGAAAGAGAAGGUCCGCAAUGUUGAGGAGAAAAGUAAACAUUUUGUCUACCGUGUGGAAGAGAAGAGUCAUGACCUCAUUCAGAAGUGGGAAGAAAAAUCCAGGGAGUUUAUCGGCAACUUCCUGGAAUUAUUCGGACCUGAUGGUACUUGGAAGCAAGUGUUUCAGGAGCGCAGCGGACGAAUGCUCUCCUACGCUCUGUCUCCCAGAGAGUCCCCCUGCAACAGCCCCCCACGUGAACUUUCCCCCCUGCGCUCGCCGUCGCCGCCGUCUCCACCCGCCCGCUGGCACAACGCACGGCCCUCGCCUCCAACCUCCCCUAAAGGAGCUUCGGCCUCCAUCAGCAGCAUGAGCGAAGGCGACGAGGACGAGAAGUAGACAAAACGGCGGACGCUCCGACGCGCGUUCGUCGAACACUGCCUGUGAACUUGUCACACGUGCGCCCACGUACGAUUCUCACACAAACACUAGCAAAAACACUUUACCUCAAGGAAAAUAGCAAAGCAUACCCAAGCU